AUGCCUUCCCUCGCUUCCCCUCCUUCCGCCGACGCCGAGUUCAUGCAGUUCGCGGCCUACUUCCUCCUCGAGCUUUUUCUCACGAUCCGCCCUGAAUUCUUCCCCUUCUUCUGGAGCGCCAUAUACUGCGAGCGCGCAGUCGGCGAUUGCCGAAUUGUCAGAUAUCGUUGUCAGCAGGCCGGCCAGUGGACAGUACCGCAAAAUCUCGACCCGCAGAUAGCGAAAGCGUUGCUGUGCUUUACUAUGUGCGACGAUGCCCCCGUGGUUUUGGCUCUGAUCCUCAAUGAUCUCUUCGGACACGAGACUAUCGCAGUGGUUACCCUUCGUGUCAUUCCCAACCUCUGGCUACUGAGGCACGGAGAGUUAGUAAGCCCGCGUCUGGGCGAUAUAACGAGAAGCCACACAAUCGUUAGAGUGGGACAAAUGGUACUAGACUUAACCGGCUCCCAAUUUCUCCAUACCAAGCCUUGGGGACCUUUGGCCGACUAUCUCCAAGCGUACACGCAAGACCCCGACCAUCCGUACCUCUUCCAGCAAAUGAGCCUAGACGAAAAGUGGCAAAAUAUGCCUAAGAAUGUUGGCCGAGACUAUCUUAAUGCCAUCGUCACUCUUCUGCGAGAAAGACUAUUUGCUACGUACAAGGCAUGGCUAGAGAAAGAGGGGCUAUCAAUGAAACAAGUACUAUCCAAGGCACAUAAGAGAAAAGAGCUGAUCGAAGCGCUACGUCUCUGCGCGAAGACUGCCGCCGUGGAGUGCAAGGAAGAGUGGAAGAAGAAGUACCCGGAGUGCAACUUCGGAUGA